UAGUCGCUCUUUCUUCUUCGGCAUUGGCAUUUCCUCUCUAUACAUAUUUCCGUCUCUCUCUAGUCAAGCGGCCCAAACCAACAGUACAGGCAAACACGCUCAGUGUGAGUGAAAGAGAAAAAAAGAGAGAGCGCUAGUUGCUGUCUCUGUUUUCACGCUCGUCAGUCAUAAUUCGUCAGCAACUGGAACUCCGCGUGUUAUCUAUCUUUUUAUUCCACUUUAUUCAUUUUAUUGUUAUUGCAUUGAUGUGGUACAGCAUAUAUAUCGCGAGUUUGUAUUUACCGUGGAGCGGACAAGUCUGGAUGGAGUAGCACGCAGAUCAUAAAAAUAUACAUUGCCGUGUGAGAGUGAGGGCGAGAGAACGUCUGUGUAUGUUGCACACGAUUCUAGGAAGUGAAAAGACACGUAUAUGUACGCGUCGUCUCUGGUUGUCGCCUAGCGCCAGCCUAAAAGCAGUACAGUUUCGUAGACUGCCCCUUCUCGACGUUCCUCGUGCAGUUCUCAACAGAUUGCUUUUCUUCGAUAAUUUAUAGCUAGAUAUUAUCUCAUACAGACGAACGAAAUGAUCUACUGAAUAAAUUUCCGCCGUUGCCUUAUAUUAUUCAUUGUAAGAAAUCGAGAUCCGAGAGAAGGAUGAUGGAUGAAGGAGAAAAAUCAAAAAAUACAUGGCCAAAGGAAAAAAAUGAACCUCCCAAUGACCUUUUUGGUAGUGAAGCUGCAGCUGCUCCUUUGGGUGUUGUAAAUGUAACAUCUUUAGCAGAUAUCUUUGAUACUGCAUUUACAUCUACAGCUGAACCAGCUUCACAUUCUAGAUAUCCUUCAGGGAAUGAGAUAGACUAUGAACAGCUAUUUGCUGAUAGUGACGUUGAAGAGACAGACAUGACAGCUGAUGUUCCAUGUUCUUGCCGCUUUCAUCGUCGUCCACGAACUAGUAAUGAUUAUGCCUGCAAUUCUUAUGUUCCUACUUCUAUUGUGAAUUCCUCAGAAUAUAACCUGCCAGGUUCUCGCAAUUGUAAAAGGUGUCAAAACAGAAAGAAAAAAUUUGUAAAAAAACCUGCCAUUUCUCGAAUAGAUAAUUCACAAGAAAAAGUUUAUGUAAACAAUUAUAGACGUAAAGCAUUAUUUUUGGAAAAAGAUAAGCCACAAAUAUUUGAAAGAGUGUGCAUUAAACCAAAGCGUACAAGAAUGACUGAACCUCAAACUGAUAGUUACAGUAUAGCUGGGCCAUCUAGAUUGAUUGAUCGUCCUGUUGCCUAUAGCAUAAGUGAAUCUGAAACUUAUGAAGAAAAUCCUGUAAGUACAGAAAAUCUUAAUAUUUCCAAUAAUAAAAUAAGAAAAACAACUAUGUACACACCGACUCAGACAACUGUGAUGAAUUCCCAUGAUGUAAAUACAAAUCAACCACAGAGAUCAGAAAGUGUACCAACUCCUCCAGAUCUUCAGCUCGACUGGUUUUCUAGCACUAGUAGUAGUGAAGAUGAUGAUGCAGGUAGCUCAGUAGAAGUAGUAGGUACAAUCAAUCUCGAUAAAAAGCAAACUAGAUCAACACAAGAAGAACAAAAUUCCCAGUCAACUGAAUCUGUAACUGUAGUAGAUUUAACAGCAGAAUCAGAUGAAGAACAUUUAGUAAAUAAUCCAGUCAAUGAACCAAACCCCCAAUCUGUAAAUCUAGUUCGACCUAGAAGACACUGUGUUCACCAUUCUGAUUGGAGGCCAAUGGUAGAUUCGCCGCCACAAUUUCAUGCUAAUGGGGUACCAUUUCACUCUAAUCAUGUGAUGGAUUUAGUUACAAGAAUGCAUAUGCAUAGAAUGUCUCCCAGAAUGGAAAGAUUGUGGAUGAUUCAGCAGAGAAUACAAGAACAGCAUCGGUUUCACAUGCGUCAGAAUUUCCAGCAUUCUAGAAGAGUACAUGGAACUCAUAGAUUCAUUCCUCAUUAUCCCAAUACCAGUCAACAAAAUUAUCAUUAUGCUUGUACAUGCUGCAAUCAUUCAAAUCUAUCGUGCAUACGAAGAAAUAAUAUAUUCAGCCUGAUACCAGAAUCUACGAAUACAGUCCUCCCACCACCCCAACAACCCAUGGUUUAUAGCCAUCCAGAAAGUGGUCCUACUCGAAGUUCUACCAAUUUCGGAACUUCACCAGCUUCUGAACCAGCGGUUCACGAUUAUAUGGUAUUCAAUCCCUUUAUGUUGCCACGUUCAGAAGAGUCUUCUAUUUUAACCAUGACUGACGUUAGAGGUAUAGUGUGCACACUAAGAGGCGGGGCAACACAACAAUCUAUUGAAAAUCAUACAUUCCCACAUAAGUAUAAAAGGGUGAAAACGGUAGAAAUUAAUGAAGAUGCUAUUGAUAAAUGUACCAUAUGCCUUUCUGAGUUUGAAGAAAAUGAAGAUGUUCGGAGGCUCCCGUGUAUGCAUUUAUUUCACGAAAAUUGCGUUGACCAAUGGUUGUGCACUAAUAGUUGUUGUCCUAUUUGUCGCGUUGACAUUGAAACGUAUGUUUAUAAGGAGCUUUCAUUUUUGACAUAAUUUUUUUUAAUUACUAAAAGUUUAAGUUAAUGAUUUUAUUUUACAUAAACACGUAUUUGUAUAUUUCACUCACAGAUGACUGAGGUAAGUUCUCAACUUGUGCAUAAAAAAAUAAUCAAAAUGAAGCUAAAGAAAAAAUAAUUGUUAGCCUAUUUGUAAAAUUCACACUCAAUUGAAAAAAUAUCCAUAAACUUAUGUAUUUUACAAUUGGAUGGUUCAUGUUUCAAUAUUUGUAUAGAUUACAAUUAACAUUUUGAUAAAAGCUGUACAGUUUCCAAGUGCACUUUAUUUCAAAUAAAAAAUAGGUGAUGUGUAUAGUAUACAAAAAUUAACAUUGGCUCUAUUAGAAAACUGAACUAUGCUAAGCUAUUCAUCAGAAAUAUUUUUUCGAACGUAAAAAACUGAGCUGUGCUGAAUGUACGGAAAAAAAUGUCAAAUGUUUUUUAAUUAUUUGUAUAUAUUAGAUCAAAAAUAAAAGAGUGAGGUCAUUGUUAUAAAAAUCGAUUAUACUUUUAGUUUUUAUGAAAGAUGAAAGGAAUUGUUAUACAUGAACCUGAACAAAAUUACCAAGAAAAAUAUUCAUUUUUGCUGUUGUCAGUUCAACCUAUUCUUGGUAGAAUCUUCAACAGAAUUUGUAAUGUAAAUCAGCAGUCGAUAUUUUUCUAAGCAAUGAUAAUUUUUCACUUUUCAUUGUGUACGCAAAAAAGCAAUAUUUAUCCAUGAUGCCGGUUGCAAUAGCAAAGUUCUUUAAUGGCGUUGAAAUGUUUUUUAUGCGAGUAGUAAAUUAGUCUAUACAUUACAUUUUUGCCAAAUCCGUGCAGAAAAAUAGUCAUUUUUAAGCAAAAUCACUUUCACGACACAAAAUAUUUCAACUUGAAAAUGAUGAACUUGUUAAAUAUAAUUUUCAAUUUUUUAAAUUAAUUAUCGUGAAUGAAAUUACAAUGAUGUGUAAUAUUGGUUGAAAAUAAAUGAAU